GAGACUGUCUGCACUUGGACAAUGACAUACACGCUCCUAUUGUGGAUCCUAACCCUGACCGCCUCACUCGAGCCUACACUGAGUUUGGACUCUGUGUUAGAGGAUACGAAGGACUAUGAAUUGAUUCGACCUGUCAGACUGCACGCCAUAAAAAAGAGACACACAGAAGACUCAAGGCCAGAAACUCUUCAGUAUGCUAUGAAAGUGGAUGGAAAAAACAUUGAGAUGCAUUUAGAGAAGAAUAGGGCAUUACUCAGUAAAGAUUACAGUGAGACUUACUACCUAGAAGAUGGCACAUCAGUCACCACUUCCCCACAGGACAUUGAUCACUGCUACUAUCAUGGCAGGAUUGUGAAUGACAGCAGUUCAACAGUCAGCAUUAGCACUUGUGAUGGACUCAGGGGGUACUUCAGAACUUCCGCACAGAAGUACCUGAUCGAGCCUCUGUCGGGUGAGGAUGAGGGUGACCAUGCUGUGAUGAAAUACAAUGCCCAGAACUCAAAACUGAUGGUGUGUGGUGUCACCAACACCACGUGGAGCACCGACUAUGAGCCCCCCACCAGCCGCAGUCGCUCUCGAGCUGCAGGUCCAUCUCUUUUCCAGCAGCAGAAAUACCUUGAACUCUACAUUGUCGCUGAUCACCGUGAGUAUCUGAAGAUGAAGAAAGAUCAGGCAGCGCUGCGGAAGAGGAUAUUUGAAGUCGUCAACUUCGUCAACAUGGUGUACAAGCCCCUGCAUACCUUUGUUGCCCUUGUGGGACUCGAGGUUUGGUCAAAUGGAGACUUAAUCUCAGUGACACCACCAGCCGGGGCCACACUGGAUGCCUUCACCAAAUGGAGGAAUACUGAACUGGUCAAGAAGAAACAACAUGACAAUGCCCAACUCAUCAGUGGCAUAGACUUUGACGGUGCAACGGUGGGACUCGCUUUCAUUGGGACCUUAUGCUCAGACCUCUCGACUGCAGUGGUGCAGGAUCACAACUCAAGGUCUAUUGCAGUGGGUGCCACAAUGGCCCAUGAGAUGGGCCACAACCUGGGCAUGCACCACGAUGACUCAAGCAAAUGUGUUUGUUCUGCGAAAAGCUGCAUUAUGGCAGCAGCCCUAAGCUGGGACAUUCCUCGGUCUUUCAGUAGCUGCAGCACAAACUACUACGACAGUUUCCUGUUGUCUCGAAACCCCCAGUGUCUGCUGAAUAAGCCGGACAACAAAGAGCUGGUGUCUCCCCCUGUCUGUGGAAAUGGGUUUUUAGAGACGGGAGAGGAGUGUGACUGUGGCACCGUAGAGGAAUGUAUAAACCCGUGCUGCAACGCCACCACCUGCACACUCACCGAGGGCUCGCAGUGUGCUGCAGGAGAGUGCUGCGGGGACUGCAAGAUCCUACCUCGGUCCAGAGAGUGCCGUAGAAAGAAUGACGACUGCGACCUUGCAGAGUACUGCGAUGGGGAAAGCUCCACCUGUCCCGAGGACGUCUUCACUGUGAACGGCUUUCCCUGUGAUGGAGGACAAGGCUACUGCUACAAUGGACAAUGUCCAAAGAGGGCAGACCAGUGUGUGAAGAUGUAUGGGCCAACUGCUGUAGAGGCCAGUAAAUCCUGCUACAACAACAACAGAAGAGGUGUCUAUUACGCCUUCUGCAAACGGCCCCCAAACAACCAGUUCAUCCCCUGUCAGCCACAAGAUGUAAUGUGUGGGAAGCUCUUCUGCAGCAACGGUAAUGCAAACCCAAACUAUGGCAUCAUGGUCACGUUCAGCAACUGCAAGGCUGCUUUCUUCAAAGACUACAAAAGCGACAACGGCCAGGUGGACACUGGGACGAAAUGUGGAGAAGGAAAGGUGUGCAGCCAAAAUGAAUGUGUGGAUCUCCAGAUGGCCUAUAGAGCUGUUAACUGUUCGGCAAAAUGUCCAGGCUAUGCUGUGUGUAAUCACAAAAGCCUGUGUCAAUGUGAACCUGGGUGGUUGCCUCCGAACUGUGAUACAAAGGACGGAAGCGCCAGUGGCCUUUCGACAGAGGGGGUGACGGCCAUAGCGGUGGUCAUUUCGCUGUUGAUUCUGGGUGCUAUCGCUGGAGCUGUAGGGUUCCUCUGGAAGAGACGCCAAGGUCCCACCUUACCGACAACUGUGGUCACCCAGAAGAAGCACCAUGCAAUGGACAACCCUACCUUCAACCACAACCAAAGACCAGUUCCCAGUCAAAGCACUGCGAUUCCACAGACCAAAAUUGUAAGACCCAAAGGAGCUCCACCUCCACCGCCUCCAGCAGGGAACAAACCAAAACCCCCUGCCCAGAACUACGUAGCUGCACGACAGGCUUUGAGACCAGUUCCUCCUCCAAAGGUCUGAUCUUUGGUUGCAGUGCCACCCAACUAUUAUGCUGCAUUCCCAGUGCAGGUCUGCUGGCAAUGCAGGGCAGAGAGCGGUGUUAUCAACAUCCUUCCUACAGACUUUGAAUCAUGUGGACAUAUCUUUUUCUCCAAAUUGCACACAAACCCAACCUGUAAGGUUAGGAGAUAAGCUGCAAAAAUGCACCACCCCCACCCCCCGAAAUAUGAGCCAUGUCAUUUUGCACACUUUAUCUGUUUAUCUGUCAAUGCUUUGUUACAGAAUACUGCUUAUAAAUAUAGUGUUUGAGAUUUAUUUAUAGUGUUCAUAAUAAAACAAAGCAGGUUCGAAAGAAGGGAGUCCAUACAUAUGUAGCUUGGAAUAAUCUGUUGUGAUGGUCUUGAUAGUUUGACUCAUUUCUGUGACAUCGGACGCUGUCCAACAUGUCUAAAUACAAAAAUAGUAAAAACUCUCCCUCCGUUUGCAUUUAGGUGCCUUUGGGCAAGGCAGCCCCCCCACACACACACACCCAAUAAUCUAGCAAAACAUUUCAAUGCCAACUACAUGAUUGUAUAGGUGUCAAUGUGUGACUAUAAACAAAAAGCAGCAUACAUGUUAAGCAAUUUACUGCAAAAAAAAAUAUAUGGGUUUCAUUAAAACAUGUAAAAAAACAUUUGAGUUGGCAAGCACAUGACAAGAGAGAACCAGUAACA